AUGUCUUGCAUCGAUGGAGAGGAAAAUGAUGCAAAACUGAAUAUAGCGGUCCAGAGACGUAACGCCUUUAAUAGGUGUGCCUUGGAAGUAACAGAUCUCACUCGAAUAUGUAUAAAUUGCAACCAGUCAAUUCGUCAAGAAAUACAAGCGAUUGAAGAGGAUCCUGGUCGUUUACGAUUAAACGUUUUAUCACAAACUAGGAAUGGCACGUGCCUUAUAUGUAACGCCGAGGUAGACCUGCAUCGAUUGUCAAUUGAAUGUAAAGCUAAUGUCUUUAUCUGCAGAAACAUAUACAUUCCUGAAAAUGUUAAAUCAUGUCAAUAUCAUUUGGAUGGUCGAGGCUUUUUGCUACCAGCUCUGUUACUUGGUUUGCAAUCUAUUAAUAGACCGUAUGUGAUCAGAGGACCGGAACUGCAAGUAUUUUUGCAGGGACUGCGCGAUGUAGCAACUAGUAUGACGCGAAUUGAUGACGAAUCCAGCUUAACAGAUGAGGAAUUCGAAUGUUUCUCUCCAAUAACAAAAGAUCAAUUUAGAGAACUAUUUACUUACUGUGACAGAGUUCCUCGUGAAGGAGGUUAUAGGUAUGUUACUAAAAAACAUCUGUUAAUGUUUUUGUGCAAAAUGCGACAAGGGCUUUCAGAUGACUUUGUCUGUGCUAUGUUCCAAUAUUCAAGCAGGCAAGCAACAAGUUUGGCUAUUGCUACUGCAAGACAAUCUCUGAUGCAGCGUUUUGUGCCUGCCAAUAUUGGUUUCGACGCAAUUACGCGAGAGAAUUAUAUUGCCAGACAUGUAACUGAAUUCGCCAAUGAAUUGUACAACCCGGAUCCCAUUACUCCUAGAGUCAUAGGAAUUACAGAUGCUACUUACGCGUAUAUGCCGAAAAGUACAAACUUCAGAGCACUUCGACAGUCAUAUUCUGUCCACAAAGGACGUCACUUAUUGUUAGUCAAACCGGUAUUGAUAGUUGCGCCCGAUGGCUGGAUUCUUCAUAUUCAAGGUCCAUACUUUUCUGAUCAUUCGAACAAUGAUGCUGCUAUUUUGCGAAAUGAAUUUGAUCACGAUGCGCAGAGAAUGAGAAGAUGGAUUCAGGAAGAUGAUAUUAUGAUUGUCGAUAGAGGGUACCGAGAUGCCAUUCCACUUUUCGAACAAUUAGGCAUAACUUGGGAAAUGCCAGCGCUGCUGAAUCGAAAUGAACGUCAGCUUAGUACUGAAGAUGCAAAUGAGUCGCGGCUUGUUACAAAAUCAAGAUGGAUAGUAGAAGCCAGAAAUGGCCAUCUUAGAUCAAUAUUUAAAAUCUUCCAGCAUACUGUACAGAUUCAGCAUAUUCCGAAUAUUGUAGACUUUUAUCGAAUAGCUGGUGCAAUUAUAAAUAGAUACCACCCUAUAAUUUUGAUGGAAGGAGCCAAUGCUGAAAUGGCUCAACGACUACUUGAACGUGCCAGGGAACCAAAUGUUGUUCAGGCACUCGUGGAAGCUGAAAAUCUUCACACAAGAAACGCGCAAAGAUGGGUUCGUUUAAAUGCUGGUCAAAUACAGGACUUCCCAAUUUUAACAAUUCAAGAUUUAAAAGACCUUACGUUCGGUAUUUAUCAAGUAAAGUUGGCCCCUUCAUAUGUACAAGAUAAAUUGCAGCGAGAAGCGGAAGACGAACUACAGGUAGAGAUGUUGAGAGAUCAAAAUAGACUGCCUCAACCAGGUUUUAUUAGAGUUCGAGUCUUUUCUCGAUUUCGUAACAGUACAAGAUAUCAGCUUUGGAUUUCCUAUAUACCAACUGAUGAACAAAAUGAAACAAUGGAGGAUGGAGAAGAUGAAAACGAAAAUCCUAUACAAGGUUAUUAUUGUUCCUGCAAGUCUGGUGCUCGGACUGUUGGCACAUGUGCACACAUUGCAAGCGUUGUGUGGCUCUUGGGUUAUGCGCAAUACGAAGAAAAUGUCCAUUAUCCAUCUACAAGACUAAUUGAGUCCAUACAGGAUGCAGGAAAUAGACCACUGUAG